ACACAGCUGCCGGUGGUUAUUUAAUCGUUUGCACGCACUUUCCAUUUUCUCACCGACGAAAUCUCGGUUGCUCGUUCUCGCCUACGUCUGCAUACGUCCUGCAUUGAAGCUUCCAUUUAUUGGUACUGCGUCACGGCCAAUUAAUCGAUUUCAUUCGAAUCUGUUGCGUCAACUGCGAUGUCACGCUCGAAAAUUGUGACAAUUUAAAUUCGACGAGCGCCUGCGCGUGCUAUCGAUUCAGCCCUUCGCGGCUCGGAUACAGUCGGAGUCAGCUGCGAGACUUACGAGAGAGAAGAGAAACGAGAGAGAGAGAGAGAGAGAGAGAGAGAGAUGGCGAAUGAGCACAAGCAGUCGCUGCGAUUUCUUUUGGUGCUUGUAAUAGUGUUAUUCAAGGGAGUCACGUCCAACAUCGACAACGAAGACUUCAAGGAAAAUAGUUAUGGAGGGUUCAACGAAGGGUUCUACAACCCCUUUAAUGAUCGAUUUCCGGAGUCCUACGACGCGCCGUUACAUCCCAUCGAAAAUCACCUCUGGCGAAGCCCCGAAAAUCUCGGCGAGAUCUCCGGUGUCGCCGUGGACCCGUCGGGGAAACUCGUAAUUUUUCAUCGCGCGGAUCGAGUAUGGGAUUACUACACAUUCGACGAAAACGCGGAGUACCAAGAGAAGUACAGGGGUCCUAUUCGUGAGAAUGUUGUACUAACACUAAAUCCCAACACCGGUGAUGUUAUUCGCGCUUGGGGAAAUCUAACGUUUUAUCUGCCGCACGGAGUUCACGUGGACAGCUUUGGAAACGUAUGGCUGACCGACAUCGCACUUCAUCAAGUAUUCAAGUAUUCGGCUCACGGAGUCCCUCGGUUGGUCCUCGGCCAAAGAUUCGAGCCUGGGAGUGACUUGGAGCACUUUUGCCAGCCAACAUCGGUCGCGGUUGCACCCGGUGGCGAAAUAGUUGUCGCGGAUGGAUAUUGCAACAGUAGAAUAAUGCUUUUUGACUCAAGAGGCAAUCCCAAAUACAGUAUCGGCGAACAUUGGGUGUCUCUAAAAAUUCCACACGCCCUGACAAUUUUGCCGGACAGGCAAGUGUGCGUGGCCGAUCGCGAAAACUCAAGGAUCGUGUGCAUGAACGUGGGACUCUCCGGCACGAAACAGUAUCUCGAACUUCCGUACUCGAUUCGCCAUCGACAGUUUGACCGCAUCUAUGGAAUCGCGUCAUACCAUGGAAUAAUUUACGCUGUCAACGGCGUGACAUCCAGAAGCAAAUUACAGGGCUUCACGAUCGAACCCAUAAAUCGGAGCGUAAUAGGAUUUUGGGGCCCGGAGUCUUCGCCUUUCCUGAAGCCUCAUGCCAUCGCCAUUUGCCCGAACGGUACAGCUCUCUAUGUUUCAGAGAUCGGACCUAACAGAGUGUGGAAAUUUGAUCUAGUACAAACUCAGUAACGUAAAAGUUAAACAUCUAAUGUAAUAAUAGCCGGAAUUUAUCGCCUAAUAUCUACUUGAUCCUAGGAGAUAUCAGAAAUCGAGUUCUCGAAAGGCAACAAAAUCAAAUGCACUCCUCUUCCAUUACCUCAUUAGCGAUAAUCCAAUGUACAGAGUAUUUGGUAGUAAGUGUCAAUCAAUACACGUGCUAAUAUUCUUUAUUGAAAACUAAAGUCUUAUCCUAACAGACGAUUGAAAGAAGAA